AUGAAAUUUUCACAAUUAUCUUUUUUAAUUGCCGCUGCUGCAACCAUUAAUGCCCAAGUAUUAGUAUUAGAUGAUUUAGUGGUUAGGGAAGCUGUAAAGAGAGCAGAAUCCACUGCCGAUGGAAGUGGUGCAGAUUCAGCUGCAGCAUCAUUACCAGCCGUUGAUGCUCAAACUGGAGCUGGAACUGAAACUGGAGCAGGUGCAACUGCGGCUUCUGAUGAUCUGGCAAGCACUGCAAGUGGACUCGUUGGUGUUAAUUCUGAUGGAGGAGUUGGUUCUCCAGCCGCAUCCGCUGCUGCUGAUGAUACAGCCAGCGGAGCUAGUGUUGCUACCGAAGGUGGAAGUGCUGAUGCUGAAAGUGGAGCUGCAGCAGAAACUGGAGCAGGAGCUGCUACUGAAACAGAUAGUGGAUCAUCUCCAUCUGGUGGAAGUGGAAGUGGAGGAUUAGAUUCAAUUUUGGGGGUCGGAGCCUCAGCAUCUGCUGGAGGAUCAGGUUCAUCAGGUACUGCCAGUGGAUCUCAUGCCUCUGGAUCAUCAACUGCUAGUGGAUCCUCAUCUAGUAAUGCUGCUGCUGGCAGUCCACAAAAUCUUGGAAACACAGCUUAUGGGUUCGCAUUUGCAGCCGCUGUUGUUGGAUCAUUAUUGAUUUAG